AUGACUGGCCGUGGUAAGGGAGGCAAAGGACUAGGAAAAGGAGGCGCUAAGCGUCAUCGCAAGGUUUUGCGUGAUAACAUCCAGGGUAUCACCAAGCCCGCCAUCCGUCGUUUGGCUCGUCGUGGUGGAGUCAAGCGUAUCUCUUCUGGUCUUAUCUACGAGGAAACCCGUGGAGUGCUGAAGCGUAAAACCGUAACCGCCAUGGAUGUUGUCUACGCUCUGAAGCGUCAGGGACGUACUCUGUACGGUUUCGGAGGUUAA